CGGACAUUCCCUUGCCUGGGAAUAGAAUGACACCACCAUCACCUGCUUAGGAAUUAAAAUUAUUAUUUAUACAGCACAUUGAUUGUUGGUUAAUUAUCCACAUAUCACAACUAUGCAAAAUAACCAGGAUUUACAACUGUAGCCAAAGUCCAAAGCUGCUAAUAAUGGAAAAUGCUUGCUUUAUUCUGCAGUGAAUAGGUUGCUCUAUUCCAGAGAAAAGCAAGCUUGUUUCGAUCGAUGUUGCAGAUCACAGUACAUACAAAAUAUAAGAAAUAAACAGGGCAAGUUUAUAGUGGUGCCUUCAACAAUAGUGGACAAUAUCCUGUUUUGAUAGUGAAGAAAUAAAACAAAAGUCUGACAGUGUACAAAUACAAAUACAAAAAGUUACCCUGUAAAAGACGAAAAAUGUUACAAGUUAGGGAGAGGCUGGCAAGGUAAAGGUGAGCUGUGGGUCAGCUCUGGUGCUUCAUUAACUAAUUUUUACAGCUCCACUGCUUCCAAGUCUCUUUGUGGAGAGGAAAGUAGAGUGUGCAAAGAUUGUGCAGUGACAAGUGUGGGACACUGACGGCAAUACCUGUCUGUCAAGAUUUUCUGAGGCGGAUAAAGACCAAGAGGAGCAAGUGUUCUCCUGAGCUUUUUGGAUCAGCUACCUAUCUCUUAAAACUUAUAUUUUUCAGCCACAAAUCACUUGGUCGGUUCUAUCCGAGGGGAAUUGUAGAGAUUUUCAAACGGAGAUGAGCAGUUUUUUGUGUGCCAUCCUUUCAGCGUUGGGAGGGUACACUCUCACCUCGUUAUACCUGCUCAAGAAUCCCCACAUUCUUCAUAAGACGAAGUGCAUGGGCUUCUACUGUACACACAUCUCCCACAGAGGAGGAUGUGGAGAGCGUAUAGAAAGCACCAUGGAGGCCUUCACUCACGCAAUUUCGCAGGGAACACAGAUGCUGGAACUGGACUGUCACUUGACGCAUGACGGACAUGUGGUGGUGUCACAUGAUGAGAAUCUAUUGAGGCAGACGGGUCAUGACAUCACCAUCUCUUCAGUCAGCAUGCAGGAUUUACCUUUGUACAAGGAGAGGCUUGAAUUGACUUUUUAUUCAGGUCACUACAGCAGCGGUUCCGACAGGAAGUUUACUUUGCUGGAGGAUGUGUUCAGACAGUUCCCGGAGAUCCCAAUCAGCAUUGAGAUUAAAGAAAACAACAGCCAGCUGAUAGAAAAGGUUUCUGAGCUGGUCAAACGCUACCGCAGGGAGGACAUCACUGUCUGGACGUCUGUGAGCUCAAGAAUCAUGAGCAAGUGCCGCAAAACGAAUGGAGCCAUGCCAUAUAGUUUUUCUUUAUACCGAGGUGUGCUGCUGCUUCUCCUCUUCUACAGCGGCCUGCUGCCCUUUGUGCCACUGGGAGAGAGUGUACUGCAGUACUACCUACCGCGCAUAAUCAACAGGACGUUUAUUCCUGAGAAGAACAUUUUGAGGAACAGCUUGAUCGUCACUUUAAUAGAAAAAGUAACUAUGAGGAAGAGUCUCUUUAAACAUCUUGCAGCCCGUGGAAUUCAGGUCCAUUUGUUUGUGUGCAACACAGAUGAAGACAUAAGAGCGGCAUUUGAAGUGGGGGCAACGGGUGUGAUGAGUGACUACCCCUCGCUCUUAUCAAGCUAUCUCUUAAGAAACACUUGAGGAGUAACGUCUCCACGUCCAGCCGCAAUACCCCAUAAAUGGCAGCUGCACGAAGACUGAAAAAGACUGAAUGCGUGAAGCUAAUAUUAAGUGUCAGAACAGUCUGCCAAAUUUUUCAGAAUUACUCACAUAUGUAUGACGUAUGACUCAUCUCCACAGUCUCCACCACAUGACCUAACAAUUCAUUACUUAUGAUAUGACUGUAAUUUUAAUUAAAUUAAUUUGGUUCUGUGGGAGAUGCGUGGCUGUGGGUCUGUUGGUAGAACGGGUCUUCCACUGACUAAAGGGUCGGUGGUUUGAAUCCUGGCUCCGACUAUCCACUGUUGAUGUAUCCUUGGGCAAGACACUGAACCCUAAAUUGUCACCAGGUUUGCAUCGUAAUGAGAGACUGUUCUCAAUUGCUUUACAUGGUUAAACAAAGGAAUUUAUGAAACGUUAUCUGCAAUGGUGGCAUAAAUAAAAUUACAGCAAAUUACAUUUGUUGGAUGAGAAAGA